CCUUCCUACGCACAGGCAUCGUCACCUUCCUACAGGCAACCAGCUUUGUCUUCUUAUAAAACAGUUUUGCUCAAACAAACCAUUUAUAAACCUUAAAAGCCUCAACAAUCAUCUUCAGUUGGACAAAACCUUCUAACGUUGGUUGAAGUCAUUGUGGUUCGAAAAGACUCACUUAUCACGGUUUAACUCCUUUUAAAACCCUAAAGUUUUCUUAAACCUUUUAGAAUCUUAUUUUCAUCUUUGUUUUUUAAUCUUAGGAAUCCAACCCCACUGGCCAUUCAAGACCAAGACUUUAAAAACCUCGAUCAUCAACGCUUUGGCCGAUAGAAACACCAGAACAAAAGAUGAAAACAUACCGGAAGUUUGAUAGUUUUAUCAUAUUCGUGGCGGUUUUGAUGAGUUUUUUUGGAAUUAUUGAGGGUGCAACAGUCACUUGUGUACCUCCAUAUGGAUUCUUGCCCUGCACAAGUGGGCUUUGGGGAAGACUUUUCUUGAUCAUGGUUUAUCAGUAUUUGAUGUCUAUGGGUCAAGGCUAUAUAUCAAACGGGUCGGAUAAAUUCUUCAGCCUUAUUGGACCCGGUAUCUUUGGAGCCGGUUUGUUCUACAUUCUUGCAAACUUUCCUAUGCUCUUCCUCAUCCUUGAGAAUGGAUUGACGAGCGACGAUACGGGGGCAUCGUUUAGUGCCGCAAUGGGAAUGAAUGUGCUAGCGGGAUCAGCAGUUAUGAGUUUAACAUUGAUUUGGCCAUCUGUCAUAGCUUUCGGGAGCUAUGAUCUUGCAGUUGAUAACGAUACCACUUUACCACAUAUUCCAGGAGAAGAGCCAUCAUUUAUAAAGAAAUUAUCAGCAUAUGGUGUUACAACUGAUAGUGAAACAAGCCACACUGCCCGAAUCAUGCUUGUAUCAAUGAUCCCGUUUGUCAUUCUUCAACUCCCAAAGAUCAUCAAUGUGACUACGGUCACCCGAGAGAUAGUUCUGCUCACUCUCAUUCUUACUUCGGCUUUCUUCAUUGGUUACGCGGUGUAUCAGAUCUUCCAACCAUGGAUUCAAAACAGAAGAUUCGAUUACAUUAUGCAAAAAUUUGUCAAGAACAAAUUACUGAAACUACUAUCUACAAACGGAAAAACAAAUGUGCAGCUUAUUAAAGAUCUUCACCAACAACUUGACAAAAAUCAUGAUGGUAAAGUGACUCAUGCUGAGUUGAAAACUUUACUUUUAGGAAUACAUCUGCAAGCAGAUGGCGAACUAAGUGAUGAUCUUGUAGAAAGAAUCAUCGAGAAGUUUGACUUCAAUGGUGACCACUGUAUUCAAGAAGACGAGCUCGUUACAAUUUUAACAAAAUGGCUCCAAGAGGCAAGGAAAUCACUCUCUGAAAAUGAUUAUAAUCCUCUUAGAAUCUUUAAAAGAUCUCAAAAGGGCGCAGAUGAAGAACAACUACCUUUGAUACCCAAGAAGAAAAACUUUAAUGAUGAUGGUUUGAUUUGGGAGUACUUGAAGGCUUUGGCUUUGGUACUUUCUGGGACCGUUGUGACGGCUCUCAUUGCACUUCCACUCAUAAUGAAUGUUUCGGGUUUUGCUACUGAUGCAAACAUCCCUUCCUUCCUUAUCCCAUACGUUAUCAUACCGUGUGCCAUAAACAUACCACGUCUCUUAUCAACGAUCAAUUCAGCAGGCCACAAGACUCAACGCGCUGUAUCUUUAACUCUUUCUCAGAUCUAUUCAGGAGUGUUCAUGAGCAAUAUGAGUAGCUUGACAACAUUUUUGUUGACGGUGUAUAUAAGAGAUUUACCAUGGGACGUAUCGGCUGAAGUUCUAGUUGUUUUGAUUAUUUGUGGAGUGAUGGGAAUUUUCACGAGUACGAGGACAAUUUUCCCACUUUGGACCGGGUACCUGGGUUAUAUGUUAUACCCUACAUCGCUACUCAUGUUGUAUCUCUUUACCAAUGUUUGGGGUUGGCCAUAGGCCAGAUUUGUUUAGCAAUAUCUCAUGUUCAAAUUUUUUAUAUUUCAUUGUAUGCAUUUAAAUGAACCUUUUAGUCAUGUAAAAGUUACAACAGAGAUUCUUUACUGAUGUAUAAAAUCUUGUUUU